GAGAUAAAACAUAUUCUCUGGGUAAUCAGGAGUACAUUAUUACCUUUAACCCGCAUCACGUUCAACUCUGACCUCACGACACGACAGCAGAACAAAGCUGCCCGAGUCCCGGUUUACGUGGAGAUAAAAAAACACUAUAGGAAGCAGCAUGUCGGGACAACAGGAGUUCAUCUGUGGCCUCUCGCGCGUGGUGACCAUAGCAGUCCUCCCCAGACUGAACACGGAGGAGCUGAUGUUUGAACUCAACAGAAGGAUUCAAAACCUGGACAAAGAGAACAGCAUCAAGGACAGGCUGGUCAGUAUCCUUAGGGACGUGAUGUUGGAGGAAUAUCGUGUGUUGGAAAGGCGAUCAGAAAUGACAAUACCUGAACAAGAACAAGAAACAGUAACAAUACAUGAGAACAUUCCGACCACGUACGCUGAAACAAUGUCAUCAGAGACUUCAAGUUCAGAUCCUUGCACCUCACUGCAAAGUUCUGGACUGGAAAUUGCGCCUUCUUGUGUACCGACUCCAGACCAUUGUGACGUACGUAUAAAGAUGGAAUGCAACGAUUCCGAGGAUGAUCAAAUCGGGCAAAGACUGAAUCAGCCUGAACGUUGUGAUAAUGUGGCUGGAUUCAUUAACAGUGGAUAUGAACAAAGUGAAACAAUAAAUACUGAAAUAGCCACCUUACCUUUUUAUGAACCGACUCCAGGCCAGGAUUGUGAGAACAGGGUGUCCAUCCUUUCUAGUAAGAACUCUGGAAUUAUAGAUACCAAACGCUACGUGUGUGACGAGUGCGGAUUUAAAACAUCAUACGCACUCAACCUCUCUAGGCAUAGACAACUUCACAAAAAGGAUGAACCUUUCAUGUGCGAUGAAUGUGGUUAUAAGGCACGCGAUAAACACCAACUUGACGAACACAUGAGAACACACACCGGUGAGAAAUCGUUCAGGUGUAAUGAAUGCGGUUAUAAGACAUCUUAUAAAAGAAGUGUAGUGAGGCAUAUGAAAAAGCACGCUAGUCAAAAACCUUACAGAUGGGAACUGUAUGAAUGCCAAUCCCAACAAAAUGCAGACAUUGAGAAACAUAUGAUAAACCAUGCUGGUGUGAAACUCUACAAAUGUGAGGAAUGUGACUACAGCACAGCUCGCAAGCCCGAUUUUACUAGACACAGGAGGUGUCACACCGGUGAGAGACCCUACAGUUGUCAAGAGUGUGACUACAAGGCAAAACACAAGUUCCACCUCGUGAAGCAUAUGAGAAUUAAACACCAGUGAAACUAUUGUCAGUUACCAACCAGAAACAACAUAUCGUAGACAUUUAUUGUAUAAACUUUGUUGUCCUAGUUAUCUUCUCUUGGAAACGUGCGAUGUGCAAAGCUCCUGUAAAAUCCCAUAAGUGUGAGGACUGCGACUUCAAAACAGUACAUAAGCACUUUCUCGUUAGACAUAGGAGGAGGGGGCACACCGACGAGAAACAGUACAGUUGUCAAGAUUGUGACUGCAUAUGUACAACACAAAUGAAAAAUUCAGCCUCAUCAAGCAUUUUUUUAAAGAAACAAAGACACAAUUUCAACAGUACUGUACUCGGCAUGUAUUCUUGUACAUGUAUUAUUUUCCAGUUAGGUUUGAUACUUUAUGCCUGCAUUUCUCCGUACUUACGACCAGAAGUAAAGCUAAACAUUGGCAGUUAUUUUGUACUUCUGUGUCAAUUUAUUAAGAAGAAUGAAGCUAAUCAUUGGCCAGUCUGUGCCUUUAACACAAGCUCUCACUGUCCAUGGCCUUUCAAAGCCUCUUGCAAAAUUUCAUAAUUCACCUCUCAACUAUGACAGAGUCACCUAGAAGGAAUAAAGAGGGCACAUAGAUUUCUAAAUAUAGAUAGGUCAAGAAGCAGACGAGGCAGAGGCGCUCUAGUUGAAGGACGUAGCUUUAGAUGCUGUCGUAGUUUUAGAUACUGUUGUACGUAGCUUAGGAAAUGUAAUAAAAGGAGUUCUCCA